AUGCCAUCCUACACAGUGACGGUGGCUACAGGAAGCCAGUGGUUUGCAGGGACUGAUGACUACAUCUAUAUCACCCUGGUGGGAACAGAGGGAUGCAGUGAGAGGACUUUACUGGACAAACCACUCUACAACGACUUCGAGAGAGGGGCGGUGGACUCGUAUGAUGUGACGGUGGGGGAGAACCUGGGAGAGAUGGAGCUGGUGAAGAUAGAGAAGCAGAAGUACUGGGUUCAUGAUGACUGGUACUGUAAGUACAUCACAGUGAAGACUCCCUCUGGAGACUACGUAGAGUUCCCCUGCUUCCACUGGCUGGUGGACGACAAGGAGGUGGUCCUCAGGGACGGCAAAGCACUGCUGCCAAAGGAUGACAAGACCAGACUGGUGAAGCAACACCGACACAAAGAGCUGGAGAGCAGACGGAAAACCUACAGAUGGAGGGAGUGGCAGCCUGGAAUUCCUAUGAGUAUAGAUGCCAACACUCACAAGGAGCUUCCCAGAGACAUCCAGUUUGAUAGCGAGAAAGGAGUGGACUUCAUACUCAACUACAGUAAGGCGAUAGAGAACCUAUGUGUGAACCAGUUCAUGCACAUGUUCCAGUCCUCCUGGAAUGACUUUGCUGACUUUGAGCGGAUCUUCGUCAGGAUCAAAAACACCAUCUCAGAGUAUGUGAUGCAGCACUGGAAAGAAGACUUUAUGUUUGGCUACCAGUACCUGAACGGCUGUAACCCAGUGAUGAUCCAGAAGUGCACCAAGCUGCCAGAGAAGUUCCCCGUUACACAUGACAUGGUGGCAGAUUGUCUGGAGAGAGAGAUGACUCUGGAGGAGGAGAUUGAGGCUGGUAACAUCUACAUAGCAGACUAUGAGUUGAUGGAAGACAUCAGUCCCAACAGUACAGACCCCUGUACUCUACAGUACCUGGCUGCUCCUAUCUGUCUGCUGUACAACAACAGCCAGAGCAAGAUCCUGCCUCUGGCCAUACAGCUGGGUCAGACUCCAGGGAAGGAAAACCCUAUCUUCCUGCCCAGUGAUGAUCAGUAUGACUGGAUGCUAGCUAAGAUCUGGGUCCGCUCCUCUGACUUCCACAUCCACCAGACAGUCACACACCUGCUGAGGACUCACCUGGUCUCUGAGGUGUUUGGAGUGGCCAUGUUCAGACAGCUGCCUGCUGUACACCCUGCUUAUAAGUUGCUCCUUCCUCACAUUCGUUUCACCAUCGCCAUCAACACCAAGGCCAGAGAGCAGCUCAUCUGUGAGUUUGGCAUCUUCGAUAAGGCCAAUGGUACAGGAGGUGGAGGUCAUGUAGAGAUGAUCCAGAAGGCUAUGAGGUCACUGACCUUCAGGUCUCUGUGUUUCCCUGAUGCCAUUAAGGCCCGCGGGGUGGACAGCCCUGAGGACCUACCCUACUACUACUACAGAGAUGACGGGAACAGGGUCUGGGAUGUCACCAAGAGUUUUGUGUGGGACGUGGUGUGUAUCUACUACGACAGUGAUGACACAGUACAGAAGGAUGAGGAGAUCCAGGCGUUUGUUAAAGAUGUCAGCAGCUUUGGGAUGCAGGACCUUGACUGCUGUGGGUUUCCCAAGUCCCUGAAGACACGCGAGGAGCUCACAGAGUAUCUGACUGUCAUCAUCUUCACUGCCUCUGCACACCACGCUGCUGUCAACUUCGGACAGUAUGACUGGUGCUCGUGGAUCCCCAACUCACCCCCCACCAUGCGGAAGCCCCCUCCCAAGCAGAAGGGGGUGGUAGAUGUGAAGUUCAUCAUCCAGAGUCUCCCUGACCGCGGCCGGUCCUGCUGGCACUUAGGGGCCGUCUGGGCCCUCAGUCAGUUCCAGGAGAAUGAGCUCUUCCUGGGGAUGUACCCAGAUGAGCACUUCAUAGAGAAGCCAGUGAAGGAGGCCAUGGAGUUGUUCAGGAAGAGACUGGCAGAGGUCAGCAGUGUCAUCAAAGUCCGCAACGAAGGCAAGAAACUACCCUACUACUACUUCUCUCCUGACCGCAUCCCUAACAGUGUGGCUGUCUGAGAAAGGAAUGAAGGGAACAAUGAGGGAUAGCUAUAUAGUCUGAUAUACACUGAGUGUUCAAAACAUUAGGAACACCUGCCUUCCAUGACAAGCUGACCAGGUGAAAGCUACAAUCCCUUAUUGAUGUCACUUGUUAAAUCCACUUCAGUCAGUGCAGAUGAAGGGGAAGAGAUGGUUUAAAGAAGGAUUUUUAUGCCUUGAGACAAUUGAGCCAUUCAGAGGGUGAAUGGGUAAGACAAAAUAUUUAAGUGCCUUUGAACAGUAUGUGGUAGUAGGUGCCAGGCACACCGGUUUGCGUCAAGAACUGCAAUGCUGCUGAGGUUUUUUACACUCAACAGUUUCCUGUGUGUAUCAAGAAUAAUCCACCACCCAAAGGACAUCCAGCCAACUUGACACAACUGUGGGAAACAUUGGAGUCAACAUGGGCCAGCAUCCCUGUGGAAAGCUUUCGACUUGUAGAAUCCCAACCUGGUCUCAGAGCAUUUCAUAUUAUUCUGUAUGUAAACUCAAGACACUCCAUUUAGAAUGAUACAUGUGGUAUGGUUACAUUAGAAAGAUGGUUACUCUAGUAUUUCUUUAUUUAACUUGGCAAGUCAGUUAAGAACAAAUUCUUAUUUAGUCAAAAAUGAAAGUAGGUUGGAUGGGUGGGCAUGUAACACAAACGUCUAGCAACCCAAAGGUUGCUGGUUUGAAUCUCACAACUUUAGCAUUUUAGCAACUUUGCAACUACUUAGCAUGUUAGCUAACCCUUCCCCUAACCUUAACCCUUUUAGAUACCCUUCCCCUAACUCCUAAACUUAACCCCUAGCCUAGCUAACAUUAGCCACCUAGCUAAAAUUCGUAACAAAUACAUUUUCCAAAUAUGAAACAUAUUGUGCGUUUUUUUCAAUUUGGAACAUUGUACUUUUUGCAAACUCAUAACAUAUCAUAAAAAAUGGGACAUCUACAAAUUAAUACAUACCAUACGAAAUGGAGUGUCUUGGAUUUACAUACAGAAUAAUACAAAAUGCUCUGAGACAAGAUUGAGAGCUCAUGCCCCGAUGAAUUGAGGCUGUUCUGAGGGCAAAGGGGGGUGCAACUAAAUAUCAGGAAGGUGUUCCCAAUGUUUUGUAUACUCAGUGUAUUGUGAACAUUUAUGGUGUUGUGUCUUACAUACUGUGCUGCAAGUAUCGUUUGCUAUGAUAAGCACAUACCCACUGAUGCCAUUCAACUUUUUUGCUAGCUAUUUCUACAGAUAAAUCCACAUUAUUUAAAUGUGGGACUAUCUAUUAAACUUCAUUGGUGUUCAUUUCAAAUAAAAAUGCUCAAAAUGGUAUUUUCUAUUCCCUAUAGCAGUGUAAAACUGUUGGUGACAAUGAAAAUAUAAGCAUAUCCAGUAGCUAAAACUAAGACAUUUAGGUUUUCAUUUUUAUUUGGUUGGUUUUUCAUUCUACAUACUUUGUUCAAACAUUUGGGAAUUAAACAAAUUAAAACACAUCAAUAUUUAUUUUCCAAAACAAGUACUUUAAAAAAUAUAUAUUUACAGUUACCAUUCAUAAGUAAACUCGUAGACAACGGUAUGGAAUGAUAUCUGAAGCAGGGAAACAGUCUUGUGUUCAAGUCAAGUCCGUAGUAAAGCACUGUAGUUUUAUGCAAGUAACACUUUCUCAGCACAACAAGAGUUAUUAUGGGAUGGGAUGGCUGCUUAUGUCAUGUUCUGCAGAAGAGCUGUGUUUUCUUUUACAUUUGAAAUGACUUUGAAAGAACACACAGACCUCAGACAGGGUCAUCCCCAAAAUAAAAUAUAAUGUUAUACAAUAUGGCUUAGGGUUGCAAAAUGUUGCUGACUUUCCCAAAAUCCUCAGGUUUUCAAGAAAUCUGGGAAUCUUUCAUCUGUGACAAAACCUGGGAAUCUGGGUAAAGUUGCUGGAAUUUUGAGACUGUAGACAUUACAAAGUUAUUAUAGUGCUUAGCAAUAAACACUGUUCAUGUAGCUAAGCAAAGCCUUGUCCAUAAGUCUUAAGGUAAAAAAUGCAAAGAAGCAUGAAGGGACAACAUCAACAAGUCUCUUCUCUCAAAAUCACAAUUAUAGGAGCCAGUUAUACAUAAUCAAAAAUCAAUCAUUUAAAUGUAUCAAUCAUGUACAUUCAAAUAUUUCUCUGAAUACAAUAAAAGCAAUGAUCAUUUGGA